CUGGUUUAGCUGGACUGUUGAAGCUGUUUCCUGGGUUGUGUCUCCUGUUGCAUGCUUACGUCUUCUACGACCCACAGGAUAUUCUCUCCCUGCACUCUGAAGCAGACGAUGGAGAAGACAAGCAAGAAUUCUGGGGGGUCAUCUGUAAUUUCAAAAGGAAUAACGAAGAAACCAUUCAAAUGUAUAGAGUGUGGAAAGAGCUUCAGUCAAACUGGAAACCUCAGAAACCAUCAGCGAACACACACAGGGGAGAAACCCUUUAAAUGUACAGAGUGUGGAAAGUGCUUCAGUCAAAGUGGAGACCUUAGAAAGCAUCAGCGAACUCACACAGGGGAAAAACCCUUUAAAUGUAUGGAGUGUGAAAAAAGCUUCAGUGACAGUGGAAAACUUCAAAUACACCACCGAACUCACACAGGGGAGAAACCAUUUAAAUGUAUGGAAUGUGGAAAGAGCUUCAGUGACAGUGGGCAACUUCGAGUACAUCAACGAACUCACACAGGGGAGAAACACUUUAAAUGUAUGGAGUGUGAAAAGAGCUUCAGUCAAAGUGGACAACUUCAAUUACAUCAACGAACUCACACAGGGGAGAAACCCUUUAAAUGUAUGGAGUGUGGAAAAAGCUUCAGUGACAGUGGGAAACUUCGAAUACACCACCGAACUCACACAGGGGAUAAACCAUUUAAAUGUAUGGAGUGUGGAAAGAGCUUCAGUGACAGUGGGCAACUUCGAGUCCAUCAACGAACUCACACAGGGGAGAAACCCUUUAAAUGUAUGGAGUGUGGAAAGAGCUUCAGUCGAAGUGGACAACUUCGAGUACAUCAACGAACUCACACAGGGGAAAAACCAUUUAAAUGUAUGGAGUGUGGAAAGAGCUUCAGUGGCAGUGGGCAACUUCGACUACACCUCCGAACUCACACAGGGGAGAAACCCUUUAAAUGUAUGGAGUGUGGUAGUAGCUUCAGUUGUAGUGGAAUUCUUCGAAUACAUAAACGAACUCACACAGGGGAAAAACCCUUUAAAUGUAUGGAGUGUGGAAAAAGCUUCAGUGACAGUGGGACACUUAGAAAACAUCAACAAACUCAUACAGGUGAGAAAACAUUUAAAUGUAUGGAGUGUGGAAAGAGCUUCAGUCAACGUGGAGACCUUCGAAAUCAUAAGCGAAUUCACACAGGGGAGAAACCAUUUAAAUGUAUAGAGUGUGGAAAGAGCUUCAUUCAAAGUGGAAAUUAUAGAAUACACCAACGCACUCACACAGGGGAGAAACCCUUUAAAUGUAUGGAGUGUGGAAAGAGCUUCAGUCAAAGUGGACAUUUUCGAAUACAUCAACGCACUCACACAGGGGAGAAACCCUUUAAAUGUAUGGAGUGUGGAAAGAGCUUCAGUCAAAGUGGAAAACUUCGAGUACAUCAACGAACUCACACAGGGGAGAAACCAUUUAAAUGCAUGGAUUGUAGUCGUAGCUUCAGUCGAAGUGAAAUUCUUCGAGUACAUCAACGAAUUCACACAGGGGAGAAACCAUUUAAAUGUAUGGAGUGUGGAAAGAGCUUCAGAUACAGUGGAAAAUUUAGAAUACAUCAACGAAUUCACACAGAGGGCAAACCAUUUAAAUGUAUGGAGUGUGGAAAAAGCUAUACUGAAAGUGGGACACUUAGAAAACAUCAACGAACUCACACAGGGAGGAAACCCUUUAAAUGUAUGGAGUGUGGAAAGAGCUUCAGUCAAAGUGGAGACCUUAGAAAUCAUCAUCGAACUCACACAGGGGAGAAACCAUUUAAAUGUAUGGAGUGUGGUAGGAGCUUCAGUGAAAGUGGAAACCUUAGAAGACAUCAACGCAUUCAUACAGGGGAGAAACCCUUUAAAUGUAUGGAGUGUGGAAAGAGCUUUAGUGUGAAUGGAAGCCUUAGAAUACAUCAACGAAUUCACACAGGGGAGAAACCAUUUAAAUGCUUGGAGUGUGGAAAGAGUUUCAUUAGAAGUUCAAAACUUAGAACACAUCAACGAACUCAUACAGGUGAGAAAUCAUAUAAAUGUAUGGAGUGUGGAAAGAGCUUUAGUGUGAAUGGAAACCUUAGAAUUCAUCAACGAAUUCACACAGGGGAGAAACCAUUUAAAUGCUUGGAGUGUGGAAAGUGCUUUAAUGUGAAUGGAAACCUUAGAAUUCAUCAACGCACUCACACAGGGCAGAAAACCUUUAAAUGUGUGGAGUGUGGAAAGAGCUUCAGUGACAGUGGGAAACUUCAACAACACAACCGAACUCACACAGGGGAGAAACCCUUUAAAUGUAUGGAGUGUGGAAAGAGCUUCAUUGUAAGUUCAACACUUAGAAAUCAUCAACGAACUCACACAGGGGAGAAACCAUUUAAAUGUAUGGAGUGUGGAAAGAGCUUUACUGAAAGUGGGACACUUCGACUACAUCAUCGAACUCACACAGGGGAGAAACCAUUUAAAUGUAUGGAGUGUGGAAAGAGCUUCACUGUAAGUUCAACACUUAGAAAUCAUCAACGAACUCACACAGGGCAGAAACCCUUUAAAUGUGUGGAGUGUGGAAAGAGCUUCAGUGACAGUGGGAAACUUCGACUACACCACCGAGCUCACACAGGGGAGAAACCAUUUAAAUGUAUAAAGUGUGGAAAGAGCUUCACUCAGAGUGGGACACUUCGACGACAUCAACGAACUCACACAGGGGAGAAACCAUUUAAAUGUUUGGAGUGUGGAAAGAGCUUUAGUGUGAAUGGAAACCUAAGACAACACCAACGAACUCACAGAAGGGAGAAACCCUUUAAAUGCAUGGAAUGUGGAAAGAGCUUCGAUGAAAGUGGGUUACUUCUAAAACAUCAACAGAUUCACACAGGGGAGAAACCAUUUAAAUGUAUGGAGUGUGGAAAGAGCUACACUAAUAGUGGGAUGCUUAGAUUACAUCAACGAACUCACACAGGGGAAAAUAGAUUUAAAUGUUUGGAGUGUGGAAAGAGCUUCAGUCAAAGUGGAAACCUUAGACUACAUCAACGAACUCACACAGGGGAAAAAACAUUUAAAUGUUUGGAGUGUGGGAGGAGCUUCAGUCAAAGUGGAAACCUCAGACAGCACCAGCGAACUCACACAGGGGAGAAACCAUUUAAAUGUAUGGGCUGUGGAAAGAGUUUUAGUGCGAAUGUAAACCUGAAAAAACAUCAACAAACUCACACAGGGGAGAAACCCUUUAACUGUAUGGAGUGUGGAAAGAGCUUCACCGAAAGUAGGACACUAAGACUACAUCUACGAACUCACACAGGGGAAAAACCAUUUAAAUGUAUGGAGUGUGGAAAGAGCUUCACUGAGAGUGGGAAACUUAGACUACAUCAACGAACUCACACAGGGGAGAAACCAUUUCAAUGUAUGGAGUGUGGAAAGAGUUUUAGUGUGAAUGGAAACCUUAAAAUUCAUCAACGAACUCACACAGGGGAGAAACCCUUUAAAUGUAUGGAGUGUGGAAAGGGUUUCACUGUAAGUGGGUCACUUAGGAGUCACCUACGAACUCACACAGGGGAAAAACCAUUUAAAUGUAUGGAAUGUGGAAAGAGCUUCAGUAAUAGUGGAAAUCUUCGACUACAUCAUCGAACUCACACAGGGGAGAAACCAUUUAAAUGUAUGGAGUGUGGAAAGAGUUUUAGUGUGAAUGUAAACCUGAAAAAUCACCAACGAACUCACACAGGGGAGAAACCUUUUAAAUGUUUGGAGUGUGGAAAAAGCUUCAAUCAGAAUGGAAGCUUUAGAAAACAUCAGCAAACUCACAUAGGGGUGAAUCUCAAAUCUGAAAAUUUGCCAAAAAGUUAAAUACCUAGGAAUAUGGAUUACUCCAAAAUUGUUGUUGUUGUUGUUUAGUCGUGUCCGACUCUUCAUGACCCCAUGGACCAGAGGACACCAGGCUGUCCUGUCUUCCACUGCCUCACGCAGUUUGGUCAGACUCAUGUUCGUAGCUUCGAGAACACUGUCCAGCCAUCUCAUCCUCUGUCGUCCCCUCAUCCUAGUGCCCUCAAUCUUUCCCAACAUCAGGGUCUUUUCCAGGGAGUCUUCUCUUCUUAUGAGGUGGCCAAAGUAUUGGACCCUCUGCUUCAGGAUUUGUCCUUCCAGUGAGCACUCAGGGCUGAUUUCCUUCAGAAUGGAUAGGUUUGAUCUUCUUGCAGUCCAUGGGACUUUCAAGAGUCUCCUCCAGCACCAUAAUUCAAAAGCAUCAAUUCUCCAGUGAUCAGCCUUCUUUAUCGUCCAGCUCUCACUUCCAUAUAUCACUACUGGGAAAACCAUAGCUUUAACUAUACGGACCUUUGUCGGCAAGGUGAUGUCUCUGCUUUUUAAGAUGUUGUCUAGGUAGGUUUGUCAUUGCUUUUCUCCGAAUAAGGGGGCGUAUUUUAGUUUCGUGACUGCUGUCACCAUCUGCAGUGAUCAUUGAACCCAAGAAAGUAAAAUCUCUCACUGCCUCCAUUUCUUCCCCUUCUAUUUGCAAGGUGGUGAUGGGACCAUGGCCAUGAUCUUAGUUUUUUUGAUGUUCAGCUUCAGACCAUAUUUUGUGCUCUCCUCUUUCACCCUCAUUAAAAGAUUCUUUAAUUCCUCCUCACUUUCUGCCAUCAAGGUUGUGUCAUCAGCAUAUCUGAGGUUGUUGAUAUUUCUUCCAGCAAUCUUUAUUCCGCCUUGGGAUUCAACCAGUCCAGCCUUUCACAUGAUGAUUUCUGCAUAUAAGUUAAAUAAGCAGGGAGACUAUAUACAGCCUUGUCAUACUCAUCAGUUGUUCCAUAUCCAGUUCUAACUGUAGCUUCUAACUGUCCCACAUAGAGAUUUCUCAGGAGACAGAUGAGGUGAUCAGGCCAUUUAUUUAAGAACUUACCAUAGUUUGCUGUGGUCGACACAGUCAAAUGCUUUUGUGUAGUCAAUGAAGCAGAAGUAGACGUUUUUCUGGAACUCUCUAGCUUUCUCCAUAAUCCAGCACGUUUGCAAUUUGGUCUCUGGUUCCUCUGCCCCUUCGAAAUCCAGCUUGCACUUCUGGGAGUUCUCAGUCCACAUACUGCUUAAACCUGCCUUGUAGAAUUUUGAGCAUAACCUUGCUAGCGUGUGAAAUGAGCGCAAUUGUGCGGUAGUUGGAGCAUUCUUUGGCACUGCCCUUUUUUGGGAUUGGGAUGUAGACUGAUCUUCUCCAAUCCUCUGGUCACUGCUGAGUUUUCCAAACUUGCUGGCAUAUCAAGUGUAGCACCUUAACAGAAUCAUCUUUUAGAUUUUAAAUAGUUCAGCUGGAAUAUCAUCACUUCCACUGGCCUUGUUAUUAGCAGUGCUUUCUAAGGCCCAUUUGACUUCACUCUCCAAGAUGUCUGCCUCAAGGUCAGCAACCACACUACCUGAGGUGUACGAGACCUCCAUAUCUUUCUGGUAUAAUUCCUCUGUGUAUUCUUGCCACCUCUUCUUGAUGUCUUCUGCUUCUGUCUUCCAAAGUACAUCAACCUAUUUAAUGACAAUUACAUUAAGACUUGGACAGAGAUUAAGAGAAAUCUAGAGAUAUGGAGCAGAUUAAAUCUAUCUUUUUUAGGGAGGAUAUCCGCCAUCAAAAUAAAUGUACUACAAAAAUUACUUUUUUUUAUUCCUGACAAUGCCUGUGAUGGGGUACGGAUGGACAGACUACCUAUAAAACUGGCCAAGAGAUAUUUCUAAGUAUAUCUGGCAGGGGAAAAGACCCAGAAUUAAACAUAAAUUCUUAAUUGACAUUUAAGAAAGGGGGUUCUCCCUACCGGAUUCAAAACUAUAUUACUAGGCGGCCUGCCUUACCUGUAUCCGGGAUUGGUGCACAUUACAGUACAAGACUCAGACCUACUAGAUCUGGAAGGCUAUGACAACCGAUAUGGCUGGCAUGCUUUCCCAGGAUACGAUAAAGUAAAGUUCCACAAAAGCUUUCUAAAUCAUAUUAUAAGAAAACCCCUUUACAUGGUCUGGGCAAAAUAUAAAGAUCUUUUGGAACCGAAAACACUGUGGUGGAUAUCCCCCAAAGAAGCAUGUGCUGUGAAAAAGAAAAAUAUGAAAGAAAAUUGGCCGAUAUAUAAAAUACUACUAAAGGAGGAAGAGAACCAAUUGAAACUUACAUUUUUAUGAAGAAAUAAAAGAACAGUUGGAGUAGAGAUUAUAUGCAGUUGAAAAUAAAACUUAACAUGCCAGUGGGGGGGGGGAGGGAAGUCACAGGUUUCGGCGAAUCCCAUUUUAUGGUUUUGACAUUGUUUUUGUGUACAAAUUUGUUUGUCUGUGUAAUUGUAUUUGUUAUUGUGCUUUCUUCCUUUCUUCCUUUUUGUUGAAAAUUUAAUUAAAAUGUUACAGAAAAGGGAUAGGGUUUGCGUCAAAAUGGACAUUAUAGUCAGGGGAGAAACCAUUUAAAUGCAUGGAAUGUAGAAAAAGCUUUGCAAUUAAUACAAGGCAACAUCAACAAACUCACAUGGGAGAUACCAUUUAAAUGCAUGGAGUGUGGAAAAAGCUUUGCAAUUAAUACAAGGCAACAUCAACAAACUCACAUGGGAGAUACCAUUUAAAUGCAUGGAGUGUGGAAGGAGCUUAAAUGAAUGCACACCUUCAUAUACUAACAAUCUCAUGCAUUCAAUCUCAUGUUCAUCUGGAGAGCUGGUGCUGAAUAAUGAUGGGCUGAGAGUCACAUGAUUUUUGGUCUUUGGUGGCGAGAUUGGACAUGUUCAUGUUUGAAGUUGGGAAGAGAGGGUUGUGAAAAGUGGAGUGUGAGACUUCUUGUGUUGCUUUGGAUGUACAGUUUGUUAAUAAACGAAGAGUCACGUAACUCUUAGCUGAUAUCUGAGUGUGUCUGAUGAAGUGUGCAUGCACACGAAAGCUCAUACCAAAAUAAAAAGUUAGUUGGUCUUUAAGGUGCUAAUGAAGGAAUUUUUUUAUUUUGUAACUCCCAUUGUUAUAGUUACAGGUAGGUAGCGGUGUUGGUCUGCCAUAGUCAAAAUAAAAUAAAAUAAUUCCUUCCAGUAACACCUUAGAGACCAACUAAGUUUGUUAUUGGUAUGAGCUUUCAUGGGCAUUCACACUUGGUAUCUGAAGACGUGUGCAUGCACACGAAAGCCCAUACGAAAGACAAACUUAGUUGGUCUCUAAGGUGCUACUGGAAGGAAUUUUUUUUUAAUUUUGUUCCCAUUGUUAUAAUUGCAGUAAAGGAACAAUGAAGACACAGAAAUCUGAAAGAUCUUCUUACAUGCAGACGGUAGUCUUGAAACCCUGGAAUAUAGUUUUUAUUUCAUAAAUUUAUUAAAUUGUAUAAGCUUCACUUCCUCAUUUUUGGCUGCUUCCAGGAUGAAGUGUUGAAAUAAAACAUUAUCAUUGGUGGCAUAAAGAAUAAAGGACGUAUUUAGUGACCUAACCAGGAAAGACUCAGCUCCCAGCUGCACAUCUUGCAUGAGGAGGGGAGGUGGCACAGCAGAGAGUGGGAACCGCCUGAGCAUCUCAAAGCAAUGUGCCGGGGGGAGGGCGUUGACACAGGUGUGUGUUAAAUGCAUCACUGUGAGCUCGAAUAUCUAUCUAGUCCCUGAAUACCGGACAGGGGAGAAGCCAUAUAGAUGAGUGUGGGGUGAGAGGGGGUGUGAGCUGAGAGGGUUAAUAGCUCAGCAGUCGUCCUGGAUCAUGGGGUCUGUGACGUGUCAUGUAAACAGGAAACAGGAAGUAGUACCUGUUGCUGUUGUAUCUGUAAUAUAUGACAUUGUCUGUUUCUGUUCUGUUCUGUUCUGUUGUGUGUCGCAGUUUCCAGCCGAGGUGGACCUGACUUCUCCCGGCUGGAGUUAGCCUUAAUAAAUCUUCUUUGUUUUAAUGAGCAAGGGAGUGGACAGUGAGUUAUUUUCUCAGGCACGAAAGGGCACUGAAAGCUAGAUAAAGUUUCCGCUGCAAUUGGACUGUUAUCUGAGCUUCAGAAGGAAAAUUCCUGGACCGUUUAGAAACGAGGUUUGAUAUUUGGACGGAAGUGUACUGGGCAAGGAGUUUUUUAGCAAUGCUUCUACAACACAGCCAAAGCUGUCGUAGGCAGAUCGAUUCUCUGCUAUCCUUCUGUCUCACAAGGCUGUGUUUAUGGUUGUUUACCAAUUGCAUAAUUGGACAACACAUUCUACAGAGUGUAAUGUGGAAAGAGAUUCAGGCAAUGUCCCAACCUUAGAGUGCUAAGGGGCAACUUCCUCCAAAAUGCACCAGGUGCCCAAAGGCAGGAGCCACCUCUGGGCGCUGAGGGUGGAAAGCCUCCCUCCACCUUUGCAACUAGACUUAGGAAAUACUGGUACCUGCUAUUACAGCCAACAGGAAGCAUCCUUUGCAGCUAAUAGGGUGAAGGGAGGGUCCAUGGAUAAGGGGGGGGGUUAACUCUGACCAUGCCAUCCAUGGCACAAGCACACUCACCGUGCUUUCUUCAUACUGCAAUUGAAUAAUGGAAAGACUUAUUCUAAGCCUACUUCUGAGACGAGGAAGGAGGGGCUGCAGGUACCAGGGAAGUCUCAGGAGCCCCAGGGCUACUGCUUCCUUUGGGUUUGGGAGAAGACGGUGCUUUUUGAACUGAUUCUUCAGUCAUGGUUCUGGGGAGUCUUCCUGCAAGCAGACCACUGUGCACAAAAACAACUGCUAAAGACAUAGGAAAAACAAUAAUUGGAAAACGAAUACAAAUUGACGUAUAUAUUUAUGAAGGCAACCCUGUUUAUCGUCUUUUUAAUAUUCUGUUGGGAGCCACCCAAAGUGGCUGCGGAAACCCAGCCAGAUGAGCCAGGUAAUAACUAAGAAAUAAAUUAAUAACAAUAAUAAAAGUCACACAUACAUAUAAAUGUAUAUAAUUUAAACAAUACAAAUAAUUGUAAUAAGUCAGCACGACCCCUGUGUCUUAUUGUAAAGGUUAAGGGACCCCUGACCAUUAGGUCCAGUCACAGACGACUCUGGGGUUGCAGCGCUCAUCUCGCUUUACUGGCCGAGGGAGCCAGUGUACAGCUUCCAGCUCAUGUGGCCAGCAUGACAAAGCCACUUCUGGCGAACCAGAGAAGUGCACGGAAACGCCGUUUACCUUCCCGCUGUAGUGGUACCUAUUUAUCUACUUGCACUUUGACGUACAGUACUUUUGAACUGCUAGGUUGGAAAGAGCAGGAUUGGAGCCACCGACCUUCUGAUCAGGAAGCCCUAGGCUCUGUGGUUUAACCCACAGCACCACCAGUUUUCAGGAGACAUUGAUGAUGUCCUUCUUCAUCUUCUGUCCUUUUUGAGGAGCCAGGAAGAGCCUACGUAAGACCCUCAACUUAACUCUAUUAAAAUGAUACAAUAACAAAAGUAAAUCAGGAAAAAUACGGUAAGUG